AAAUAUUUACCAGUACACAAUUCAAAAACUAUUCUGAUAAGACAGCUUUGAUGAAACGAAACGUCAUUUCAAAUGCAAGAAAAUAACAAAGAUGGCUGAAGAACAGGAGGUGAUACAAAUAGAGUUGCUAUGCAAACAGUUGUACGAGUCGCAGGACCCGCUCGUCAGAGAGCAGGCGGAGAAGGCGGUCGUCGGAUUCCAGGAGUCUCCCGACACCCUCAGCAAAUGUCAGGCGUUACUUGAGAGAGCUGACUCCAGCUACUCACAGCUGCUAGCCGCCACAACGCUUGCUAAACUAAUCAGCAGAUCGACAGCGAGCCUGUCCACUCAACAGCGGCUGGACAUUAGGAACUAUGUGCUCAACUAUUUGGCAACUAGGCCGAAACUGGCUAAUUUUGUUGUGCAGUCUCUGGUGUCUCUAUUCUCUCGCAUCACCAAGUUGAGCUGGUUCGACAUGAUCAAGGAGGAGUACGUUUUCCAAAACGUUAUUAAUGAUGUCACCAACUUCCUCAGAAGUCAAGACCUGUGCACGAUAGGAGUACAGCUUCUCUCUCAGCUGGUGGUGGAAAUGAACCAGGUCUCCGAGGCUGAUGCCAACCGCUCCCUCGCCAAACAUAGGAAAAUCGCUUCGUCUUUCAGGGACAGUCAACUGUUCGAGAUGUUCCGUCUAUCAUGUUCUCUACUGGGCACGAUGCGAGGCAAACCUCUAGAACUGUCCGACGAGAGGCAGCACGCGCUGGUCGCGGCGCUGCUGCGGCUGGCACACAACUGCCUCACCUUCGACUUCAUAGGCACCACCAGCGACGAGUCCAGCGACGACCUGUGCACUAGGCAGCACGCGCUGGUCGCGGCGCUGCUGCGGCUGGCACACAACUGCCUCACCUUCGACUUCAUAGGCACCACCAGCGACGAGUCCAGCGACGACCUGUGCACUGUGCAGAGGCAGCACGCGCUGGUCGCGGCGCUGCUGCGGCUGGCACACAACUGCCUCACCUUCGACUUCAUAGGCACCACCAGCGACGAUCACUGUGUAGUCACUCUAGAACUGUCCGACGAGAGGCAGCACGCGCUGGUCGCGGCGCUGCUGCGGCUGGCACACAACUGCCUCACCUUCGACUUCAUAGGCACCACCAGCGACGAGUCCAGCGACGACCUGUGCACUGUGCAGAUACCGACAUCGUGGCGGCCUACAUUCCUAGAGUCCGGUACAUUGGACCUGUUCUUCGAGCUGUACCACCUACUAGGCGGGGCUCUGGCCAGCUUAGCACUCGCUUGCUUGGUACAGCUAGCUUCUGUUCGAAGGUCUCUCUUCAGUUCUAAUGAACGAGCCAAGUUCUUGAAUAGACUGGCCGCUGGAGUGCUCAGGAUAUUGGAUAAUACGCAGGGCCUAUCAGACCCGACGAACUACCACGAGUUCUGCCGCCUCCUGGCUCGACUCAAGUCUAACUACCAGCUGGGCGAGCUCGUCAUGGUGGACAGCUACCCUCGUCUCAUCGAGCUCAUCGCCAAGUUUACUGUCCAGAGUCUACAGAUGUGGCAAUUCGCCCCCAACUCGGUACACUACCUCCUGUCACUGUGGCAACGCAUGGUGGCAUCAGUGCCCUACGUGAAAGCCAGCGAGCCUCAUCUCCUCGAGACAUACGCUCCGGGAGUCACCGCGGCCUACAUCGGGAGUCGGUUAGACUCCGUCGCCUGUGUUAUCAGGGACGGUCUAGAAGACCCGCUAGACGACGCGGGAACAGUCCAGCAACAAUUGGAGCAACUUUCAGUGGUCGGUCGCUGCGAGUACGGCAAGACUUGUCAACUUUUAGUCGCCCACUUUGAUCGAGCGGCCGCGGCCUAUAGCGUUGAAACACAGCCACAUCAGAUACUUGUGUUGCAAGGUCAGCUAACCUGGCUGGUGUAUAUAAUCGGCGCUGCGAUAGGCGGGCGGGCGUCCGUCAACACUUGCGAUGAGAACGACGCCAUGGACGGCGAGCUGGUGUGUCGCGUGCUGCAGCUCAUGGACCUCACCGACUCCAGGCUCGCACAGGGCGGCUGCGAGAAGCUAGAGCUAGCCAUGAUGUCGUUCUUCGAGCAGUUCCGCAAGAUCUACGUGGGUGAGCAGGUGCAGAAGAACAGCAAGGUGUACCGGAGACUCAGCGACGUGCUCGGCCUGGCUGACGAGAGCCAACUGCUCAGUGUGCUCAUGAGGAAAAUUAUAACAAACCUGAAGUACUGGGGCAGCUCGGAGCAGAUCAUUGCGAAGACGCUCGGUCUACUCAGCGACCUGAGCGGCGGCUACUCCUGCGUGAGGAAGCUAGUCAAGCUGGACGAAGUGCAGUUCAUGCUGACACAUCAUACGGCGGAACACUUCCCAUUCCUGGGCAUAGCCGGCGUCGGAGCCGCCGAGAUGCGAUGCCGCAGCAUGCUGUACACGGCGCUGGGCCGCCUGCUCAUGGUGGACCUGGGCGAGGACGAGGACCGCUUCCUGGCCUUCAUGAUGCCGCUCACUGCGGCAUUCGAAAGUAUAAUCGGCCUCCUAAGCGGUCCGGAGUCGACGAUGUUCAACUCGGAGGACGCCAAGAAGACACUGAUAGGCCUCGCGCGAGAUCUUAGAGGCCUCGCGUUCGCUUUCAAUACGAAGACUACUUAUAUGAUGCUGUUUGAUUGGAUCUAUCCAGUAUACAUGAAAGUCUUACUCCGAGGCAUAGAAGUAUGGUUCUCGGAGCCCGCCCUGACCACCCCCGUGCUCAAGCUGACGGCAGAACUCGCGCAGAACAGAAACCAGCGGCUGCACUUCGACGUGUCCUCGCCUAAUGGAAUACUGCUGUUCAGAGAACUCUCUAGCAUUAUCUGUGCUUAUGGCAGCAGAAUACUAACGAUAGACGUGGCUAAGAAGCAGAUGUACGCGAUGAAGCUGAAAGGCAUUUCCUUAUGUUUCUCUAUACUGAAGGCUGCGCUUUGUGGGAACUAUGCUAAUUUUGGCGUUUUCAGGCUAUACGGUGACGAGGCACUCGAUAACGCACUCAAUAUGUUCGUCAAGUUACUGCUCAGUAUACCACAGAGUGAUCUACUUGACUAUCCCAAGCUAUCACAGACAUACUACGUGUUGCUAGAGAGGCUGGCUCAGGACCACAUGCCGUUCCUGGCCUCGCUACAGCCCGACGCCACUCUCUAUAUACUGUGCUCCAUCUCUGAAGGACUUACUGCUCUAGAUACGAGUGUAUGUACAGGGUGCUGCGCCACGCUAGAUCAUAUAGUCACAUAUCUAUUCAAACAGUUAGUGCAGAAAUCGAGCAGUAAGCUGUCGACGCCGCGGGCGGCGGCGCCGGAGACGAGCAACAUGUUCAUAGAGGUGCUGCAGAGGCGCCCAGAGAUCAUGCAGCAACUGUUAGCCACUGUACUAAACGUAAUAAUGUUCGAAGACUGCUGCAACCAGUGGUCGAUGUCCCGUCCUCUCCUCGGGCUGAUACUCCUCAACGAGGAGCAGUUCGGCCGCAUCAGACAGGACAUGAUCUCCCAGCAGCCUCGCGACAAGCAGCAGCAGUUAGCACAUUGGUUCAACGGCUUGAUGGCAGGCAUCGAACCCAACCUGCUUACUAAGAAUAGAGACAGGUUCACACAAAACCUGUCGAUGUUCCGUCGGGAUAUCAACGACCUGCUGAAGGGCGCGGCGGGCGUCAGCGGCGGCAACGUGAGUGACAUGAUGACGUCAUAACUGACACACCACUGCGGUAGUCGCCAGAGGUGACGGUAGUCUUGACAGACCGUUUGUCGUACUACUAGUAGUUUAAGUAAAAAAGAAAAAUAAUUUUCAAAAUCUCCGUUUGUCGUACCCACUACUAGUAGUUUAAGUUCACUGAUCUAUUGACAAAAGAAUUUUCAAAAUCUUUAUAAAUAACUAGCUUUUGUCCGCGACUUCGUUCGCGUGGAAUAAUGACUUCCGGCAGAUUUUUGGUUUGGCCAAUAGAUGGCGCUGUAUGUCCGGAUUUUUUUUUUGUAUUUCUUUGUAA